CUUCCAGUCACGUAUUGAUGCAUCUUUCACUUUUUGCACAAGUAAACCAAGGCCCAAAUUGGCAACUUGAAAAAGUUCAGGCUUUCAACAUGGCGGCGGAAGCAAGAAAGGCUUUGGAGGCUUUGAUGGGUGCUGAAGCUUUAGGAGGGGUUCCUGAUCAUAUGAAAUAUGAUGAUGAAAAACGACUAAAAACAGAAUAUGAAGAAGCGAAGAAGAGGAAAGAAAAUGAUUUUGACGCGGAAUUCGAGCGUAACUUGGCGAAUUUCGUAUCGGAUUGUGACCGAAAAAUUGCGAGCGCACAAAAACGAUUGGAUAAAACUCCAGAGGAUAGUGCAAAGGCCACACAAUUGAUAAAGGAAAUCGAGAAUCUAGUAGUAGAGAUAUCGGAAUUGACCAAAGAAGUGGAAGUUCUAGGAGAGCAAGGCAAAGUUACCGAGUCGUUCAAACUACUUCAAGACGUUGAAGCAAAGAAAACGGCCAAAAUCGAAAAAGAGAAAGAGCUGAAAAAUUCGUCAGAAAGUGGCGGUGGCCCUUCUCAGCAACAAAAAUUGCGCGUUUGUGAAAUGCACUUAGGUUAUUUGAAAAUCAGGGAUUUGUUGAAAGAGCUCAAAGAAAAAAACAAGGAUCGUGGUGGUGACUUAAGGGAAGGGCGAGGUUAUCAUGACCGUGAUAGAGACCGAGGAAGUUAUGAUCGUGAUAGGCACAGGGAUCAUCGUAGCGGAAGAUUUGAUCAGUAUACGCUCGAGAACGAGGUCGCCCGAGAGACGUGGUAG